AUGAACCCCAAGGAGUUACCCCAGGGCCACCAGCACGGUGAGGCUCCGUUGCCGAAUAUACCGACCAAGAAGCUGGGGCCUCGUCGAAAGCCGCCACCAAUCGAUUUUUCCAAGAUCGACGGCUCCCACUCCUUCAGCCCUCUGAGUGACUCACCAGAUCACCACGGCUUGCCAUCGAGCAUCACCACCAACGUCAACCUGACAGCUCGGAUCAGCGAGGCUGUCAAGAACCACACAAAUCAACAGCGUAUUCCUCAGAACCAACAACCGCAUGGCCUCCAGAGGCCGAAGUCAAAAAACAUAGACGAUCUCACGCCAGAGGACUGGAACCGAUUGGCCAACACGCAGCAGAUCACAGAACUCGCCAAACUUGGCGAGGGUAACGGUGGAAGCGUCUCCAAAUGCCUGCUUCGAGGUGGGAGCCCGCUUUUUGCCCUUAAACUCAUCAAUGCCGAUCCGAAUCCGGAUGUGCAGAAACAGAUCAUCCGUGAGCUCCAGUACAACAGACUGUGUUCGUCGCCCAACAUCGUCAAAUACUACGGCACUUUCAUGGUAGAGGAGCAGCUGAUGAUUGGCAUUGCCAUGGAGUAUAUGGGCGGUCGGUCGUUGGACGCCAUCUACCGCCGAGUCAUCGAGAUAGAUCUGCUGAACCGGAUCAACGAGAAAGUUUUGGGAAAAAUCGCCGAAUCUGUGCUCAGCGGCCUUAAUUAUUUACACAAGCAGCGCAUCAUCCACCGUGACAUCAAGCCGCUGAAUAUCCUCCUCGACAAGCAUGGCAACGUGAAGAUCUGUGAUUUCGGCGUGUCUGGCGAGGUGGUCAACUCCCUCGCAAACACUUUUGUGGGAACACAAUACUACAUGGCCCCAGAAAGAAUCAUGGGCAAGCCAUACACGGUCUCAUGCGACGUCUGGUCGCUUGGACUCACCCUCUUGGAAGUAGCGCUGGGUCGCUUUCCUUACCAUAUCGAGAGCGAGUCAUCUCUUGGACCCAUCGAGCUCCUUUCGUUGAUAUUGGAGUACGAACCGCAUUUAGAGGAUGUUGUGGAGGAGGAGAUAUUCUGGUCGGACUCCUUCAAGAACUUUAUAGACUACUGUCUCCGGAAAGACCCCGAGCAGCGACCAUCGCCUCUGCAGAUGCUCAAGCAUCCAUGGGUGGUGGGGCAGCUGCAGAUCAAGGUGAACAUGGACAGGUUUGUGAAGCGUCUUUGGGGGGAUGAAUUGGAUUAA